UCCAUGAAAAUACUUAGAAGUUUAUAAUUGAUAUAUAAAAGGAAUUCUGAGGAAAACAUUUGCCAGAACAGAAUCAACAGAAGAUCUGAAAACACCUGAAGUAAAGGAAACCGAAAGAUGGUAAAUAAGAAAGUUAAAACAAAAGGGUAAAAGUUAUAUUCCACUAAUAACAAAUUUAACAACCAAGGAAUUUGGGUUAAACACAAAUUAGUGCUUAACCACCAAAAAUAACAGAAGACAAUAAAAAGAAGAUUUAACAAAAUUACCAACUAGAUAAAUUAAACAGAAAUUAUUGAAAAAUUAAUAGUUUUUUACUGCACUGUAAGUUAUACAAAUGGCUGAGUACUCUAAUUGCAGUGCACUUGGACACUGGAAAACAUAACAAGCAGCUAAGUAAAUAAUUAGUAACCGAGAGAAUCUGUAAAAAAACAGAAAGAAAAGUAUGAUUUUUUAUUAUUAUUAUUGACAAAUAGAAAAAGGUUGUAACUUUAAACACACGUGGGCAGGAUCCUGAUGUCAGCAGACUUCUUCUGAAACAACUAUAAAUCCAUCAUUGGCUUCAUGAUUAAUUCCCUAUUCAUAACAAUUGCUUCCUCUGCUAUUAUUAUUAUUAUUAUUAUUACUGUUGUUGUUGUUACUUUUCAUUUGCAAGAAAGGAUUUUUUUAAGAAUUUUCAUUUGUUUCUCUCUAUUUUGCUCUGAUUCUGUUCAGUUCAGCUCUGUUUUCCUCUGUUUACAAUUCCUCCGUUUUUUCUUCUCCUAUCUAAAAGCGUCAACUUGUUGUAUGUAUAUAGUAUACACCUGAUAUAUUUGAGUUUUCGAGAACUGGGUUUUAUCUGUAAAAAGGUCCUUUAAUGAUGGCUGAUGAACAGCUUGGUGGGUCUAGACGAAACUUGUUUUGGAGUCAUGGUGGUGCUGGUGGUGAUGGUCCUUUUGGUUCAAGGAUGGAGUUCCCGGAUGAAUUUUUCGGGUUCGGAAACUCAGAGAAUAACCGAGAUUAUUGUACUGAAGCAGCUAAUAAAAGAAUCAUAGAAACCCUACAAGAAAAUAGUGAAGAGGCUGAGGUGGCUGAUGUCCUACUGAGAUUACGUCCAUUUGGUUUAAAACUCAGCCUUACAUCCUCUCUAGUAGAGUCAGUGGACAUGAAUCUAAACCACCCUAAACAUGCAGCAGCAAAAUCCUGUCACCCUCAUCCUAAGGUUGAUGAUUAUGGGUCUCAACCAAUUUCUGAGAAGUUGAAGGCAUCUAAUUUUUCAGCCUCAUUGCUCAAAAUUGGCACAUGGGAGAGAAGAUCCAAGAAUGAGGGUGACCUUGUAGCUAAAUGUUACUAUGCUAAAAAGAAGUUGGUUUGGGAGUUCCUGGAAAAGGGUCUGAAAAGCAAGAUUGAAAUUCAGUGGAAUGAUAUUAUAGCCUUGAAAGCUCAUAUUCAGGAGAAUGAGCCUGGAAUCCUAGAAAUUGAGUUAAGCCAGGCUCCUACCUUUCACGAGGAAACUGAUCCACAGCCAAGAAAACACACUAUUUGGCGACUAACAUCAGAUUUCACAAGAGGACAAGCUUCAACUUUCAGGAGGCAUUAUCUUGUGUUUCCUCCUGGAGCUCUUGACAGACAUUAUGAGAAGCUUUUACAAUGUGACCAUCGAUUAUAUGGCUUGUCCCAAAGACCUUUUCCUAGUCUGGAAUCACUCUAUUUUGAGCCAUGUGUUUUUAACUAUCCCAAUUUCUUCUUUAAUUAUCAUGGAGAAAGGCAGUUUAAUUUUUCUGGUAUUCCUUCUCCUUUGAUGGCUGUCCAUUAUGGACAGUAUGAACAAACACCUCCUCAACUAUCUUUUAAGCAAACACAUUCACCAAUAUCAGUUAUGGAUUUUUCGCAUUCAGAUGAGCAAACUAACCACAAUGUAUUUGAGAAUCCAAGAAUGUCUAUAUGGUCUCAAGGGGUAAACAAUAAUGUUAUCGACUCUUCAGCUGCUAGUAUCCCAUUCCACCAUGCGAAUCCUCCUGCUAGUUCCUACCUUAACUUCAACAACCCAUCAGCUUUUGAUCAAGGAGAAGCCUCUAACUUGCUGAAUAACAUGCUGCUAAAUAAUCUGGCUGAACAUUUGCUAAGUGACGCCCAAGUUGAAGGUUAUGAUGAGAAAUAUCACAUGGCAAGAGUAGCAUCACUAAAUGCAUUGGUCAAUAUGUCUCAGGAAGCGAAUCGGGCGAGUGAAGAUAGUGUACAGCAGACAUUUCAUGAACAAGAAAUGUGCAGUGACGAUGCCAUGGUUUUUAGUGGUAACGAGCAAGCAAGUGUAAUAUCAGACUAUCAGCAGCAACAAUCACUUUCUUGCAUGUCUUUACAGGCAUGUUAUCCGAAUGCUAUGAUGCAUCAGGAUCAGGCUGGGAACCACCUGUCUUACUCUCCUCUCAGUCCUGAUUCGAUGAUGGAAGAAUUUGGUCAUAUCAGUACUGUCGAUCAACUGAAACGUUGGACCUGACAUCUGGUUGUGUAAGGCAGAUAGAGGAGAAAGUUGUCAAUGAUGAGUGUAAAUAUUCAGGCGUUGCAUCGUCUCCUGCUCUUGUUCUUUUUCUAUGUUUUCCUCUAGGAUUACCCUUUUUCUUAACACCUCAGCUGUUAGUCAAUUACAUGGUAUAGCGUCAAAAUGCAAAGGCAACCUGCUUUAGGAAAUCUUUCAAUUGAA